UAGCAAUUGGCCGCAAACAAGCACCUCUCUCCGCAAUUCAGUAAAGGGUCCUGCUUCUGCUGCUGCCAGCGUCGUCGUCCUCGUUCUUAACAUUCCCCACCCCCCGUACAGCAGAAGAUCAAAUUCCCCCUUGUAGUCAGUCUAGUUAGUAGUAGUCUCUCCUUACUCGCAUGUUCUGCUGCUGCUGCUUACAGUUUCCUCCUCAUCCAGGUUGGCGAAAGUGUUCACUCUGGUGCACAUUUUUAUGCUUUUUGCUUAUUUUCUCCUGGUCUGGCGCCUUCCAUUCGCAACGCAAGCAGUCAAUUGAGGGAGAAUUUCAGACCGGUACUGUUGCUGGGUAGUGGAUUUUUGUACCAAGGUGGAAGCCUUAGGUUGUUAGCAUUUUGGUUGAAUUGUGAAGGGUGAGGAGGAGGGGUGGGGGGAAGGGAAGGAAGGAGAAUUGUGGAUAGCAGGUGGUUGUGUCUGAGGGGGCCAGAAUUGGGGAUAUGAUCGGGAAUUUGGGGAAGGAGAUUCACUGCCAGCGUGGGUAGCAGCUGUAGUUGAGGAACUUCGGUGGGUGUGGUGAAGUUUGCGGUGAGGAGGAAGGAGGAGUGAGGUGGGGAGAGGAGGAGGAGCGAAGAGGAAGGCAGAGUGUGAGUGCGUGGGCGCGUGACAUAGGAGCAAAAAUAAAAUACGAGAAUGGCAUUCAUGGCACCGGCACCGGAUCAAGCAACUCCCUUCAGCGGGCUUGCGAGAAGCAUGAGCAUCCCGGCAUCGUUCAAUAGUGCGGCCAUGUCGCCAACAGAGUCCAUGAACUCGCUGUCCAGCUUGGAGAAACAGCUGAUGGACCAGCCUGGGGGUAACGUCGUGCAUAGCAGCGCGCCGGCUGGGGGCAGGUUCUCCAGGUCGGCUACGACUAGCCCCACCACGAACUACUGGGGUCAUGCCACGGCGGCGGAUAUGCAACAAAUCCUCGGUGGGUCGGCGUCUGCGACACCUCAGGAGCUGCUGGGAUCAGGGAUGGCAAGUAGCGACUGGCAGCAGCUGCUAGACGCGAAAUCGUCAGCGUACAAGUAUCCGCCUCCGGUGUCCAUGGCGCCAUCUCUAGCGCGCGGGACGGUUAUGGAGAAUGCUAAGAUCAGAGAAUUGCUGACAGGAAGAGUUGGAGGUGCUCCAGCCGCUCACAAAUCGUGGAGCCCCUUGGACACGGUUGCGGCGGGGAUUACAGUGGACCCGUCGAAGGGUGGUCUUGCAUUGCAGGGAGUGGGACUCGCAACGUCGCAUUGCUUGGCUCAGUUCACGUCGGAUCCUGCCUUCGCUGAGCGCGCGGCGAAAUUCUCUAGUUUUGGAAAUGGGAAGUACCCACAGAUCGCGUUGCCGUUGCCUAUCAACGACGCGCAUUGUAAGCCGCGGUCGCGAUCCAGCGAGAGUAGUAGUAGGCUUUCUAGAACUUCGAGCAACCAGAAUUCGGGCGCGACGAAGAAGCUGGCCGCAGCAGUCGUAGCUGAGAUGGAAGAGAAAUCUGCUGCUUCGGUUCGGGCAGCUUCUACAGCAGCAGAGGUAUCAUGUAACAUGGACGUGGACGGUGUUGGUAGCAACGACAAGAGCCCGUCUCGCGCUGCGAGUGUGCCCGAGUUGGAAGCCAUUGAGGGAGCAAGCUUGGCCACCAUGGACAGAACCCAUGAGCAGGUCGAAGUAGCAGCAGCACGGGAAACUAAUUCCUGUUCUGUUACGGAACAACAUCAAGCAAGCGCUGCGUCGCCUGCAAGAUCACCUACUGGAAGCGAUGACAGUGAUCGUCGCAAACGGAAGCAAUCACCUGCUGACAAGUCCGACGUGGACUGUAAGGUUGCAGAUGUCGUGGAUUCCAAACCUAAGCGGUGCAAAGGUGAAAAUGACGAAUCGGUGAAAGCAAAAGCAGAACGAAGUUGCAGUGAGAACUCUGGGGACUCUGGCAGCCCCAGGGCUCUCAAAGACUCGAAUAACCGAAACAAAAUUCUUUCCAAGCAGGACUACAUUCAUGUGCGAGCUCGACGAGGACAAGCCACCGACAGCCACAGCCUUGCGGAAAGGGUUCGCAGGGAGAAGAUCAGCGAGCGGAUGAAGUAUCUUCAGGACCUAGUUCCUGGCUGCAAUAAAGUGACCGGCAAGGCAGUGAUGCUCGACGAGAUCAUCAACUACGUGCAGUCACUUCAGCGCCAGGUCGAGAGCUUGUCGAUGAAGCUGGCGUCCGUCAACCCUGGGCCAUCCACCGCGCGCCUCGACUACAACUUCGAGACCGCCCUGAACAAGGACAUGCUGCAGCCGCGGAUGUCUGGUUCUUUGGGUGGACCAGAGUCGAGUGCCACGUUCGGCAUGCUGCAGCAUCAGCAGCAGCAUCCUUCGCAGGGACCCAUGAUGGGUGGCCACUGCGGCUUGGAUUUCCGUUCCAUGGGGACCUCGAUGGACGGGUACCUACGCCGCUCCAACAGCUCUCCCAUCAACGUACAGUCUGGAAUCACAAGCUUGGAUACCUUCGGCGACGAUGUCUCUCAGUCGAUCGGAUGGGAUGGAGAGCUUCAAAGCAUUGUGAACCAGAUGGGGUUUGCUCCUCAAGGUCGCUAUGGAUCGGCUGUUCUUGAUGGCCACCAAUCUCAACUGCCGGUGGGUCACAUGAAGGUGGAGAUGUGAUGGCUCAUGAUCUGAUUGACCGUCUUCACUCACUAUUUUUCAACAUAAUUCAGAUUGUUCCAGAAGAGAAUUAAUCAGCAAUGGGCUGAUUUUUGAGUGAUUUGGACUCAGUGACAAACUUAGCAUUGUUACUGUUACAUCAGUCGAAGACUCCAACUGUAUUAGCACAACAAUGAGACACUGCAAGUGAUGGCUCCAAAUCAUGUCAUUCUGCAGGACAGCUGUACAAAUUUUCAAGUUUCUUCCAUGUGUGGUGCGACAUCAUCGAGUCGCACAAGUUUGAUUUAACUUGGACUGCACGACAACCCAGGGUGCUAGUCACGGGAGCUAGGUUCAAUCAUCAUCCUCACUGACAUGUUCUUUUUGCCUUGAAUGGCUUUUUUUCCAUUGCUUUAGUGGCCUUGGAUUCGAACCUCUUUCCGAGAGUGGCUUUUUUGCCGUGUUGGUGGUCUGGUGUUCCACACUCAGAGUAUUUGUAUACUGAAGUCUCUCCCCACCGGAAGAGAUACGGAUGUAGCCAGUUGAUGCCAGAGAGCUACUUGAGUGUAAAAUUACUUAAGUGGACAUAGUUCUUAACCCGUCGAGCUCUCUGUUUCCUUAAUGAGUAGUCAGUUAGCUUUCUUCUAGAUAGAGUAGUCAGCCUGUAGUGUAUAACCCCCUAUUCUCUUCCCAAUAUGGCGGUGUGUUUGUUUGUCGCCCCUCUACUCUCUGCCACCUAUUUCCACUAUUAAAUGGAAAGAAUGUACAGCUCUGUGUGACUAAAGAGUGCACUAUCUCUAGAUUAUCGACUAAUUUUGCUUGAUUGCCUCA